CGAUGGAAUAACUUCGCAUUACUAAGUGUCACUAAUUAUCUUAUCUCCGUUACCAAACAGUUAAAUUCUCCCCCAAUUUAUUUUUUCCUUUUUUCUUUCCUCCUUUUUUUUUUUCUCUGCAAUCAAAGCGAGUUGUCAACUCAGUGUCUCAGUCCACUGAUCACCGGUGCCGAUUUUGAAACCAUGGAAUCGUUCAGGAGUUUAACCGUAACUCAGCGGGAUCAGAUAUUGGUUGAGCAACAAGUCUUCGACAUAUUCAAAACGUUCUACAACCUGCCUCCGAGUUCUCAAUCCUUCAUGUUGGAGCUUCAACGAGAAAAUCAUGUGGAGUACUUAACGAAAGGAUUAACAGGGCUCGGUCCUUCUUUCUGCGUAUUAGAUGCUAAUCGUCCUUGGAUUUGUUAUUGGAUACUUCAUUCGAUUGCUUUACUGGACGAGUUUGUAGAUCCUGAAUUGGAAGAUAAUACUAUUGAUUUUCUUAGUCGUUGUCAGGGUCCUAAUGGUGGUUAUGCUGGUGGACCUGGACAGAUGCCUCACCUUGCAACAACAUAUGCUGCAGUCAAUUCACUUGUUACUCUGGGUGGUGAAAAAGCAUUGUCAUCAAUUAAUAGAGAAAAACUGUACAUGUUUUUGCGGCAAAUGAAAGAUGCCAGUGGGGGAUUCAGAAUGCAUGAUGGUGGAGAAAUUGAUGUUCGAGCAUGUUAUACAGCCAUCUCAGUUGCAAGUCUCCUGAAUAUUUUGGAUGAUGAACUUGUUCAAAAUGUUGGAAAUUACAUCUUAAGUUGCCAGACUUACGAAGGUGGCAUUUCUGGGGAACCUGGUUCUGAAGCUCAUGGGGGGUACACCUUUUGUGGGUUGGCGACAAUGAUUUUAAUCAAUGAGGUCGAUAGUCUGGAUUUGUCUGGCUUAACUGAUUGGGUUGUUUUCCGACAAGGAGUGGAGGGUGGAUUUCAGGGCAGAACUAAUAAACUGGUUGACGGUUGUUACUCAUUCUGGCAGGGAGGAAUUUUUGCAUUACUAAAAAGAUUAAAUUCUACUAAAGAAGUAAAACCAAUACCAUUGGGAGAUGGAGAAGGUAGUGGUGAAGAAAGUCCGCAAACCACCACUUCAUCAGAUGCAGCUGGAGAAGAAGGUUUGAAUGGGGAUUUAUCUCUGGGCGGCAGUCAUUCCGAGAUUGGAGAUCAACACAAUACCUCAUCUCAAGAUAAUGUUAUCGAUAUUGAUCAUAAUCAUAGUAAGGGGCAUGCAAAUGUGGAACCUCUUUUCAACAGCUUGGCCUUGCAGCAAUACAUUCUUUUAUGCUCACAGGAGCUGAAUGGUGGACUGAGAGACAAACCUGGUAAGUCUAGAGACCAUUAUCAUACAUGCUACUGUUUAAGCGGCCUUUCUGUGUGUCAACGUAGCUGGUUGGAAGACGAAGAUUCUCCACCCUUGCCUCGUGCUGUAUUAGGUCCGUAUUCAAAUCUUCUGGAGCCCAUUCACCCCCUAUAUAAUGUUGUAUUAGAUCGUUACCGGGAAGCAUACGAGUUUUUUACCAAGUCGUAAGCAGGUCUUUGGGCUUCCGAGAUUUGUGGGUUCAGAAUGUACGAUAGAUCCUGAUUGACAAUUAACUUAUGAAUAUAUAAAAGAAACAUGUAUAAUUAUGGUUUUUUUUCCUAUUGAAAUCAAUAAUCUCUCUUGUCAAGACGAUAUUGAUAAGUCGAUGGAUGCUUUACUAAAAUCUCAGAAAUCAAAGAGGUAACGUGAAUUCGAGAA